AUGGCGGUGCUUCCAGGGCGCGCCGCCCAUAUCAACUGCAGCUGGAUGGCUCAGUUGCCAUCACUGAUGAUGCCUGCUCGCAUCCCAGCAAGCACGGCAGCCUUGCGCCCCGCGCGCGACGUGCGGGCCUCCGCCCGCCGCACCCCGCCGAGCGGCGGCGCGGACCGACCAGAGCGCCUGCGCGGCAGGCGGCGACCGCGCAUGCCAAAGCCGCAGCGUGUGGAGAAGCUGUGGCCUGUAGAUCUCCCGGACGGCAGCGAGGAGCUCGAGGCCGUCGCCGAGCUCAUGGCUGCGCUGGGGCCUGCGGAGCGCGCGCAGCUCGCGGAGAUGAUGCGUGAUGAUGUGUACGGCGCCAUGGCGCAGGGGCUGGCGGGAGCAGACCCCGAUGAGCUGCGGGAGCGGCUCGGGCGCGAGGUGUACGAGGAUCCUGAGGCGUGGGACGAGCAGGAGUUUGAGGGGCGCAUGUGGGCGGCGCUGCGGGCGCAGCUGGAGCCCGAGGAGGCGGAGGUCCUCGACCAGUUUUUUGGGGAAGACUGGAGCGCCGCCGGCGAGAUGGAGACCUAUGAAUUCGAAUCGAAGCUGGCGCAGCUGUCGGACGAUGACAAGCGCGCCCUGCUGUCCGUUAUGGGCAAGAUGGGCCAGCUCAGCAGCUUCGUAGAAGCUGCCGAGGCGACCAGCCUGGACGCGCAGGCUGACUUCCAGCAAUUCAUACAGGAGCAGCAGCGGGAGCAGCAGCGGGAGGAGCAGCGACGGAGCGGCGGUGAGGGUGAGGAGGACAGCGGCGACGGCGGCGGCGGCGGCGCGUGGGAGGGGGGGCCGUACCCGGGGGCGAGCCCGGCAGUCAGCCGGGUGCUAGAGGUGCUGCAGGGCGGGGAGACGAUCCUGGUGGACGCUGACGAGGAGGAGGCGCGGCGGCAGCGCAUGCAGGAGGAGGCUGCGGCGGCGGCCGAGAAGGAGCGGCGGCGGCGGUGGGGCCUGGCUGACGACGGCGGCGGCGGCGGCGGAGGGGAGGGCGCCGGGCGGCGCUGGGGCGAGUGGGGGCCGCGGGCAGGGGGUGCCGGCAGGGAGGAGGCGGCUGAGGACAUGGACUCGCGCCUGGACAGGUGCGGCGGAGUGGCGACAUAG